AUGGGAAAUGAAGAGCUCGAGAGCUGGGAAAAGGCCACGNNNNAGGCGGUAUCGGUAUCGUGUGGUCAAGACUUUACAGCAGGGAUGGAUGUAGGGAUGUGGGGUAUCGGAAUAGGGGGUAUUAUAGAUGUUAAAAGUUUUGAGAAAUUAUAA